UUCAUCCCCUCUCUUACAACUCCUCGGAAAGUCAAUCUCUCUCUCGACCCCCAAAACGCCCCUGACUUUCAUUUAAUCCCGAUCAUGUCCCUCUCAACGUCCCCCGCCCUCACCGAGCACCUCACGCGCCUCUCCGACGCCCUCCGCCGCACGAUCGCUCGCCGCCGUCCAUGGUUCGAACUCAUCGAUGUCUCCGCAUUCUCCCGACCCGACUCCCUCUCCGUCGCCAUCUCCCGCACCCGCAAGAACCUCACCUAUUUCCGCGUCAACUACCUCUCCAUUCUCGCAUUGGUACUCGCCGCCUCCCUCCUCUCGCACCCGCUCUCUCUCUUCGCGCUGGUCUCGCUGAUCGCCGCCUGGCUUGUCCUUUACCUCCUCCGCCCCGCCGAUCAGCCCCUCGUCCUCUUCAACCGCACCUUCUCCGAUCUCGAGACGAUGUGGAGCCUGAUUGCGCUAACGAUUUUCGUGGUCUUCGUGACGGACAUCGCAUCAUUGCUGAUCUCAUCCGUUCUGAUUGGAAUCGGGAUAGUUUGUCUUCACGGCGCCUUUAGGGAUCCGGAGGACUUAUUUCUGGAUGAUCAGGAUUUGGCCGGUUCUGGCAUGUUCUCUAUCAUCAAUGUCGGUUCUGUUCCCCCCGCCGCCGCACCAGCAGUCGUCUCUCACGUUUGAUUGGCUUCUUCCUUUCACAUCGGGUGUGGCGGGGGUUUGGCGGUCGUGGUUGUACCAUUUGGUUUGUGGCAGGGACAGAAAGGGUAAUUUGGAGAUAGUACAUCAUGCUGCAUCUUUUGUACGCAGGGGUAAGUUUUCCGGGGAUAGAUAGAUAGGAACAGGAUUCAAAUUCAUGCAUUUUGGGUUGAGUUGGAUUGACGAAUUACAUUAUUGCCCAAUUGUUGAAAUUCAUACACGUACAUAAAAAUAUGUUGUGAUUUUAUGAUCAAACGUGGAUGAUACAGAUAUCCACGUAUUUGCUUCUGCCAAUAUAAUAUUAUAUAUAUAUGCAAUUACCUAUA